AUGUCGGGUCGGCGUGUCACAGUGGAGAACACGGCAUCACCAUCGCCUCAUUCGAGUGCAAGCCAACAACCACUGCAAGAUAUCAUAUCAUCACCGGAGCGGCAAUGCCACUCAUUUCAUGGAUAUUAUGGUGUGGGAGGUCAGUGUGGUACGCACUAUCCAUUGGUGGAGGCGACGGCGAUGAACUUUAGUGCCGCGUUAGGUGAAGGUACUUCUAGCAGCAAUGCCGUCUCCCCCGAGCAGGACCCACUACUAGAGGGACUGCGUGAGAAGGAAAGGCAGUUCGACGCUCGAGUUGCCGCACUGGACAAAAUGUUGAUAUGCGCACAACAGGGCUGCACCCAGCGGGAUAGUCUGAUUGACAGAUUGAACACUGAAGUGGGUCGAUUGCGGAAGCAACUUCAGGAAUCGAAGGGCACAGGAAGUAAGCCCAAGGAGAUGCGGGGAAGUGCCCUCGAAGGAGACACUACAGCUCUCGAGGAGGCUCGGGCAAAAAUUGAGGAGAUGAGUAACAGGUUGCGUGAAAAGAGCCGCCGCUUAAUGGCACUGGAAAGGCAAUUGGGGUCGCGUGGCGUCGACACCGAAGAGGGUGCAGUGGUUGGAAGAACGGCACCACGAAAGAACCUAGUCGAAGAGCAAGGACAGCAGAAGCGAGCUCGCUACGCCGCCACUCUACGGUCGUUGCAAAAGGAAGUUGGUCUGUUGGAACAGAAGUAUCGUGUGAUGAUGAAGGAGAAAGAGUCUCUCGCGGAGGAGAACCAAAGCCUUCGCCGGAGGGUUGAUCGCAUUCAGGAGGACGCAGAGGCGGAGCUAGUGGGAGCUGUGAGAGCGACACACAAGGCGUUGGGUGAAAAAAAAGAUCUUGAAACACAGGUCAUGGCGACGCGGUUGAGUAUGGCGAGACUCCUGCAUGUUCUCAGCGAGGUUCCAGAGAUGAGCCGGUAUCUGCGCGUUGACGGAGUGACCGGAGACCUCUUGUUCAUCGGUUACGCGGCUUUACCGUUGAAAGAGACUGCAGAUGGAAGUGAAGUUGGACGAUCUCACCGUGGCGGCUUAUCCUUGUCUGCCAUGGGCACUGGUGUUGACGACGGAAUUUACGGGGGAAGCGCAAAAGCGCAGUCGCACAACAUUUAUCUGAACGGGAAGUGGUGCAACCGUCUACGCGAGAUCGUUGACGAUGAGAAUUGUUUCUUUCGCCGUGCAAAGGUUCAUACAGGGGAAUUGGAGGAUGUGACGCACUCUCUUGUGGGUGAAAGUGUUCCACGAGUACCGCUCCCAAGCGAUGUGCUACAAGGGCGUCAACGCGACAGGGACUUCUGGAUUCCGUAUGGUGUUUUCGUGGAAGCGCAGAAGUUCAAAAAUCGCUAUUUUCCUUCCAUGAAUGUCGAGUGUUUCUAUCCGUUUCUCUUUUCCAUCAAUGUUCUAUGGAACAAGCGUAUGAUGCAGCGGGUGACAACCGCAACAAAGCGCGUUAGUGAGCAACAGGAGAGGCGGCGGAAGCAAAUGCUGAGAUGUAUGAAAAGGGGAGGGGAACACUAUCUUGGAUCUCUCUCUCCCUCUACUGGCAGUUUCUCCCCAUCCCCGUCAGUAGUGGCACUGCGACGCCAGUUGCAACUUCUGCGUCGUGAGGUACAGCGGCGCGUUAUAGGGCGAAGCAGUUUAGACUUGUUUCACCGUUACGACCUGCUGGUAAGACGCACUCUGCAAUGCUUGGAGAAAACGCACAGGGGUUAUAUUACACCCUUGAACCAAGCACAACAGAGUGGCACAGCUGGGUCCGUGUCCUCAGACACUGACUUUACUGGUGAACAUGUCAAUGUGUCGCCGCUGUGGCGUGACGAAUCACCCGAAGAAAUGAAGAUGAAUAACGGCAGCGAUGUCAGUGGAAGUAAAGAAAGUCAUUACCGCUGUUCCCCAUCGAUACCAUUGGCGGGGUUGCUGAACAUCAGCCAGCGUGCGUCAACCCAUGUCCUUGCAUCUUGCAGGCACUUGCGAGAACUCCUCGAGGCCCUGCGCAAGAAACACCGGUGGUUCUCCCUCAGUGACCAUCACUAUGAAGGAGAUGAGGGUGUGCGGUUAGCCUGUGGGGCAGAACGCACAUGCGUGCCCGUAUCUACCCUUCACCACCUUAUUGAAGGUGUGGUAGACUUUGUGGGGGAGGUACAGCAAGAGGUACUGAAAGCGCACAAUGCUGUGGAAAAAUACUGCACCCACCAGAGGGAUGGAAAUGACGUGGUGCUUUCUGCACUCAACAACCAAAGAGCUUCCCGUAUUAUCGAAGGAGUUUGGAACGACAUUCCGUGUGAGGGGGUCAGUGAGUAG